ACACAUUUCUCAGGUUUACGUCCUCCAGGACGAAGACUGCGCCCUGACCAGCAUACAAAUCAAAAGGACGGGGUUUUGUUUUACAACUGAAAUUCAAUAUAGCUACUGUGUGGAAUGUACAAGACGACAUCCUAAUUGGAUAGCUGAGAGCCUGAGAAGCAACACUGUGGCAACAUCUAUUGAUAUGGGCUAAAGAUUUGGAUGUUAAAAAGUUCUCUCUAUUUGAGAUAACUCAAGCGAGUAUUUAGUAUUAGCAGUUGCCAAGAAUAUGAUUGCUCUUUUUUGUGGAUCCUAGGAUUGCAAGAGAUUCUGAUAGCCCUUUUGCGAAGUUGGUUUCUCUUGCAACUGUGCAAGAGCUAGCUCGGCGGCAUUUUGUGGUUGUUUAGUCCUUUAAAAUUUCACUUUUCUUCAAGUGCAUUUGAUACCCGAUAAACAAGAUGGGAUCAUUUAGGGAUGACGAGUCAAUACAUUCGUUUCAAUCACUACAAUCAGAUUCAACAAUACUGUCAAGUGCACAAGGGGAGAAGAUAUUUGUAGCAGUAAGGUUGAGGCCUUUAGAUGACAAAGAGAUCGCGAGGAAUGAAGCAUCAGAAUGGGAAUGCAUCAACAACACUACUAUUAUGCAUAAUAAAGAGAUACCUGAAAAAUCCAUGCUUCCAACUACCUACGUAUUUGACAAAGUAUUUGCAUGUGAGAGCUCCACAAAGGAGGUAUAUGAGGACGGACUCAAAAAUGUUGCCCUUUCAGUUGUAACUGGCAUAAAUACAAGUAUUUUUGCAUAUGGGCAGACAAGCAGUGGAAAGACAUACACCAUGCGUGGAAUAUCUGAAUAUGCUAUGGCUGAUAUAUUUGAUUAUGUACAUGAGCAUGAUGAGAGAGAAUUUGUACUGAAGUUCUCUGCUAUAGAGAUAUACAAUGAAUCAGUGAGAGAUCUCCUUGGAAUGGAUAGUACGCCUCUUAGACUCCUUGAUGAUCCAGAGAGGGGGACUGUUGUUGAAAAACUUACCGAGGUGACUGUGAGAGACUGGAGUCAUCUGAAGGAGCUCAUGGCUAUAUGUGAAGCUGAAAGGCAAAUCGGAGAGACAUCUUUAAAUGCAACAAGCUCUAGAUCCCAUCAGAUUAUACGACUGACAGUGGAGAGCUAUGCUCAAGAUUUUUCAAGUGCUGAUGAUUUAAGCUCACUUGCAGCUUCUGUGAGUUUUGUUGAUCUUGCUGGAAGUGAACGUUCGUCUCAGACCUUAGCUGUCGGAUCAAGACUGAAAGAAGGCAGCCACAUAAAUCGCAGUUUACUGACACUAGGAACAGUUAUCCGUAAAUUAAGAGACUCCAAACUGACACGCAUACUACAGAACUCUCUAGGGGGGAAUGCAAGAACUGCCAUAAUUUGUACUAUGAGUCCUGCACAUUGUCAUGCUGAGCAAUCAAGAAAUACCCUCUUGUUUGCUGCAUGUGCCAAGCAGGUCAGUACUAACGCACAGGUCAAUGUAGUGAUGUCGGAGAAGGCUUUAAUAAAGCAUUUGCAAAAACAACUGGCUAGCUUGGAGAAUGAAUUGAGGAUUGUAAAAUCAGCUUCUUCGCCGGGCGAUUCUUCCUCUUUGCUAAGAGAGAAGGAGCUUCUCAUUGAGAAGAUGGAUUCAGAUAUUCGGGAUUUAACUCGCGAACGUGAUCUUGCCCAAUCUCGUUUACAAGAAAUGCUAGAGUCAACAAGUGACAAUCAAGUUUCAGAGACAUGGGUUUCAGCCGAUCGUGUUCCUGAUGCUUCUGAGAAAAGAUCAUGGCGCAAUGAAAACUCAGUAUCAGAUUCUUCUAAGGUUGUUGAUCCUCCUCCCUUAGAUGUUCCAUCAAGUAAUCGUAAUUUUUUGGACAAAUCUCAAAGUCAUAACAGUGUCAAUAAUGUUCCACAAGUUUUUGACAAUUCUGAUGAUUUUUUCUUGCCGCAUGGAUCUCCAAAUGCUUACUUGAAUAAAUAUUUUGGGCCUGACUUAUCACGUGGCUGGGAGGAAAUUGCUCAGAAAAAUUAUUACAGUUCUGAAGUGAAUUGCAAAGAGGUUCAAUAUGUUAAUGGAGAACCUAAGACGUAUAAGAACUCUGAGACUGCUACUGUACCAUUACCACACAAUCGAGAUGGAAAUAUAGGACAAGUUCAAUCUGAUCCUACUUCUGAAGCUCCGCAGCCAAAUCAGGACAAAAAAAACAUUGCUGAUGAUGGUUCUGUUGGCCCUAAACCUACAGAAUUGUCUCCUAGUUCACCUGACAACGAUGCAUCCAGCUUAGGAAAUAAUAAGUUAGUUAAGUCCAGCAGUUGUAGAGAGAACGACAUGACUGUGUCUUUGAUUCCUUUGUCCCAGGAAUAUGAGAAAGAUACUACACCACAUAAUGAAUAUGAAGUAGACUUUCCUGUAAAACCAGAGGAGCCGGUGCUUGAUGACAACAGAGGAAAGCUAUCGAUAGUAGACUCCUCACAUGAAAGUGAUUCUAUAGAUGAAAAAGAGAAGAAUGACAGAAAGAGACCUGAUAGUGAUUCUGAUAGCCUCUUUAAUGGUGCCAUGAGAGAUAAGGAAGCUCUUAAACAUAACUAUGAAGUAAAAUAUGGAGAAAAUACGGUACAGGAUGCUGAAACUAAUAAAUAUGAGUUGAUGAAAAUUGUUAAAGGCAGCAAUGAGAUGCGAUAUGGUCCAGAACACCAAUCUUCUGAUUGGAAACUAGAAUUUGAGAGGCAGAGGAAGCAAAUAAUUCGACUCUGGGAUGCAUGUUACAUACCACUAGUUCAUAGAAGCUUUUUCUUCCUCUUAUUUCAAGGUGACCCAUCAGACUCCGUGUACUUGGAGGUAGAAUAUAGACGUUUGUCCUUCCUGAUGCAGACGACUUCUCGUGGAACAAGUUCAGGAGCUAUCGACCGUGAGAGAGAUAUGUUAAGUCACCAACUUUUGAAGAAGUAUAGAACAAAGCAAAGAGAGGUCUUGUAUGAAAAGUGGGGCAUCGAGUUGAACUCAAAACAGAGGAGGAAACAACUGUCGCGCAAACUAUGGAAGGAUACUGAGGACCUGGAUCAUGUCAAGGCUAGUGCAUCACUUGUAGCAAAACUAGUUGGCGACCCAAACCAAGCGCCCAAGGAAACAUUUGGACUCAGCUUCGCUCCACAACAUGGAUCUUUCGCCCUUCCUUCUCUACGGAAAAGCACUUGUGCCCCUUAUUAGAAACCUUUGUCUGACGAACUCGCAGAAUUUCUACUGUCAGCUUGAUUCCUUAAUCCCUUGGCUGGAUUUCUAAAUCUCAAUUAUUGGCUUUAGAUUCUAACAAAGACAGAUCACAAAAACAACAAAUUGUGACGCAAAACGUCUAUAAAAUUAUUGCGAUGAAGUGUCUACUUGUUAUCUUCAGAAAUGGCCAAAGUGUGUAUCGAAAAUAAUAAUAUCCAUCCGAUUAUUCGAAUUCAAAAUUUUUACGGUGGUAAAUAUUUUGGACACAUUUACUCAGCCACCAACUUUGGGCUUAAAGAUAAAACAAAAAAAGAAAGAAAAUAAAUGCAAAGAAACUUGAUUGAAGUUCACGAAUUAGAAGUGACCAAAUAAAGGAAAGACGAACUUGUACGUGACCCAUUGCGGAAGACCGGGUAUAUUUUAAGUAUACAUGUCUUCUUCCCUUUGGACUGUAAAUAAAAAACACAAAACUCGGGAGCUAAUAAUAAGAAUCUUGAAUUUUAAAAAUGGCUCUCUUUUCAUUCUUCGUCUCUCUCUUUAAAUGUAUCGGGAAGAGAUAAAAGCCUGCGUAUCAAACAUUCAUUAAAAGCUCAAAUACAUUUGAGAUAAGAAUCUUACUCCAUCAUAACAGUAAUCAGCUCACAAUCAAGAUUUUGGAUUUAAAUUUACAUAUAAACAAAAACUCCUAUCUACAGAAAUCUUCUUGAUGUAAUGUUAUACUAUUAACUCUCUUACAGAAUAUCAAGAAUCCAAAUAUAAUAAAAUAUUGACGAGUGCGUAAUUACACGAGUGUUUAGAAAAUUUUCUCAUUUUGUUUGGACUUAUUUGACUAGGAUGGUUUUUAAGAAAUGAAUACCCAAACUCAUUUUCAGCUACAUAAAAAG